CAGAAAAAUAAUUCUACUAUGAAAUAAAAGAUCUCCAGAUAGGAGAUCUUUUCAGCAACGUAGCAUUUUAUGCAAAUUUUUUGCUUUUUCACUAUCUGAAAUUAAAUCGAACAUGCAUUAUUAGACUCUAAAUGUUGAAAAACAUAAUGUUUUGUUUUCUAGAGAUCUCGUAUUCCAAAUAAAAGUGUUUUUUUCUUGAAUCUUCAUAAGAAAUAAUUUUCUUGGUUUGAAGCACUUGUUGAGAUUAGUUUUACUAGAAAGAAAAAAAAUAUUGAAUUUCCAGAGGCGAACACAGGAUAAUGCUAUGUCAAAUAACAUAAUGAAAAAUGAAAGAACUUCUAGAUCACCAUAAUCAAAUUUAUUUCGAGAAGGAAAUAAGUAGCGCAACUCAAUCUCGAUAUUUAAUUCGAUGGGUCGACUCACGGCUAAAUAGUUUUUUUCAGGAUAUCGAGAUAAUCUUACGAAAAACCAAUAACUCCAAAAUCUUUCAUUGUAGAAUAUCAGUCCGAAUUUUAAAAACUUCUUGUUGAACAGUCUUUUUGUCACAUUGUCGAAGAAAAAAUGAAUCAACAGACCUAAAUACGCAGACAUUUAGCAUCGUAAAAAUCCGACGGAGAAAAACUAGAAUGAAUCUUUAACAUUUCAUAAAGUUUAUAUGACUUUCGCAUUUUAUAGGAUAUUCUGUGAAGUUUUUUUGUGACAUAUAUGGAAGAAAAUGUCUUUACUUACACGAGUUACAAUUCAAACAUUUUUAUAAAUAAUUAAAUUUGAGAUAUGUACAAUUAUGAAGUAAAAUGUGCAAGCCAUAUUUUACAAAAAAAACCACCUUUUCAUCGAAAGUGUCUUGGCAUCGAGUAUUCUAUCUGUUCUAAAUCUUUAUUUAGUAUAAUACUAAAUUGAAACAUCGAUGAAUUAAUUCUAUACUCGUCGAACUUAACGUGUCACUUGAAUUCUUUCGUCGGUUAGUUCUCGUUUCGUCGAAAGCUUAAUUGAUUUUCUUGUUUCGUCGAAAAAUUUUUUUUCGUGUGUUCUCGUUUCGUCGAAAAUUAAAAUUUGAAUGAAAAUAUGCAGAAUAUAAUUAGCUUACUCACAAUCAUUUCAUUUUCUUUAACAGACUAAUUCAAAAAAAAAUGAUUCUAGAUGAAUCCAUUAAAAAAUUUAUUGAGAGCAUUACAAAAGUUACACACCUAAUGGAUUAACCUCACUAAUGUCGAAAGGGAAACAUGCUGAAAUUUACAAACACCGAGCGGUGAAAAUUUUGAGAUGUUAAUAAUGUUGAGUCUGGGUAGGCAAUGAGAAAGCUGUCACUUACGUCCUUAUAUAUACCGAAACAAUCACAGAUCCUCACCCUAACUCCUAUUUUUUCACAAUUAAGGUUUGUUGUUUAUAACCACUAACUAAAUAUUUUAAUCAAGCAUUUCGAUUUGCACAUAAAUUUUUCGUAGUGGUAUUGGAUCGUUGACUGAAUGAUGUAACGAUAUAGUUUAAUUUGUUUCUUUGAUGCAACUUAGUCUGUUCAAGAAAGCGAAAGCAAUUAGAAUAAGCUAAUCAUAUUCUUCAUCUUUUCUUUCAAUUUUACGUUUCGACGAAACGAGAACGCUACAAAUAUUUUUUUCGACGAAACAGGAACACUGGGAAAAUAGCUAUAGAAAAAUUUUCGACCAAACAAGAAAAUCAAUUAAGCUUUCGACGAAACUAGAAUUCACCCUUUCGUCGAGAGUAUUCUGUGCGAAUUUUUUUUAAAUAUUUGAAAAGAGUUGACUUUGAUAUUUCAAUUCAGUGUACUCAUUUUAAUCAGUGGGCUUGAGGAAAAUUAGACAAACAAAAGCUUUAAUCAAUGUCCUAUAAAGUGGUGAAAAGCUUACGUAAAUCAUUUGAAUUGUUAUAGGACUACUGAAAUAUCUCUAUCUGACAGAAUUUUUAUAUACUCGCUCAAUCUUUCAUCUACAUUAAGACUACAACAAAUGAAACAAAAAUCACAUUUGUCUUUUCUAAUAUUCAGGCAAGUCUUACAUUGGUGGUGCUCGUCUUUGUCUAACAGCUUCUAAAGCACUUAGCAAUGAUACAUUCUAUACGGCUCAACCAUGGAUCUUUUGCCGAAUUAUUUCCAAUAUAAAUCAGACUGUAGGUCAAACAGUUCGUGUCAACAUUGAACUAACCAAAGCAAUCAAUCGAACAGAAAGUCUAGAUGAAGAUGGACAAACAACUUAUAGUGGUGUGUGGAUACCAAGAAUGAUUGCUGAAAGUACGAAUGACGAGAUGACUUAUGAUCAAUAUGGUUCUUAUAUUCGUUACUUAGCUACUCAUCAAACAGUUCAAGUCACAUUGAAAGAAACUGCAUUUUUCAUUAUGAAUAUUCAACAACCGAUCACACGAAAAGGCGAAGUUAUUUUCAAAGAUAUACUUUUUUCUACGAUGUGUCUUGAAUUUUUUGCUUUUGCAUUUCUUCUAUUCAAACUAGCUAUUUUACCACUACUUCAACGUUUAGCUAAAAAAUUUCAUCGAUUUGAUUUCUUUAGAAAACGUUUUGAACAACAACAUUUAUCUGAAAUCGCACUUUCUCGAUUAUAA